AUGGGUAUCGGUGAUACCCUCGGCUUAAACGCGAUCGUCUCCGGCGGCGGCGGCGCGAACGCUCUCGCGAACGCGACAGCGGCGGCGGCGGCGGCGGCGGCGAGACGCGCGCGCGUCGCGUCGUCGCAUCAAGACGCGCUGAACGACCCCGCCCUCGCGGCCGCGGGGACCGCGAUCGACGCGAGCGGCGUUCGCAAGUCCUCGAGGGCGUCCAAGCCGAAGAUCCUGGACUUUCUCCCCUCCGCGGUGUGCGCGCAGGUGGCGAACGAAGCCCCCGGGGAGACGGCGAUUGGCCGCCGAGUGCGCGUGUUUUGGCCCAACGAGGGCGCGUUCUUCACCGGCGCCGUGACCGGCUUCAACCCGAAGAGCGGUCGGCACUCGGUCAAAUACGACGACGGCGACGUCGAGGAGGUGUUGCUCGCCGCGGAGAGGAUCGAGUGGAUCUACCCGGGCGAGGACGAGAGCGUGGCGAUCACGCGCGCGCCCGCCACCGCCGCCGGCGGCGGCGCGUUAUCCUCCAAACCCAAAGCCGUCGUCGUCACGCCGAAGAAGAUCACGACGUUCGUCGUCCCGAACCCCGGCAAGCCCGCGGAGGUGCUCGCGGAGCUCGGCGCGAAGUGGCCCGCGCCGAACGCGCACGUGUGGGGACGCGUGAAGGGCCACGGGUGGUGGCCCGGCGUCGUCAUCAAGCCCGGCGCCGACGCCGGCAUCGUCGGCGGCGACCCGAUCACCACGCGGCACAUCCGCUUCUUCGACAACAGCGGCGCGGUCGUGCAUCGACACGACCUUCUGCCGUACGGCGAGUACGCGCCGCAGCUGACGAAGACGAAGAAGACGGUGUCGUUCACGAAGGCGAUCUCGCUCGCGAAGGCGUCGUACGAUAAAGCCGUGAAGCGCGGCGGCGAGUGCGGCGCCAACUUGACGAAGCAGCAGCGCGCGGAGCAAGCGAGGGCGGCGAUCGAGGCGGCCGCGGCCGCGCGGGGGGGGCAGGGGCAGGGCGGCGGCGACGACGUGAUGGACGACGACGAGACGGAGCGCGAGGCUGGCGCCGGCGCCGGCGCGGGCGCGGGCGCCGGCGCCGGGAAACGCGCCGGGGAGGAGCACCCGCCGACGGCGUUCCACGUCAAGCGCGUCAAGGUGGAGGACGCGGACGGCGCGGGCUUCGGCGGCGCGAAGCCCGAGACGAAGCACCACCAUCACGUCGGACACGGCGUUCCGUCGCCAAGUGGCGGCGGGUCGAACCAACAGACGCUCACGCAGCGAUGGCAGAACAUCGCGUCGCUGCACGGAAAGUCGCUGCCGUUGGAUAAAAACGGAAAGCCGAAGCGGUCGCACAAGAAGGGCCAGGGUAUCAAAGCGCGCCUCGCCGCGGAAGCCGCGGGGCUGCCGUGGCCCCCGCCCGGGGUCGGCCGAGGAAACAGGAAGAACCCGUCCAACGGCGUCGCGAGCGGGAUCCUCGCCGACGACGCGGUCCACCACAACGCGAACGGCGGGAAGCGGAGCCCGACGACGCACCGCCGCGACGCCGAGGCUUUCGCCGCCGCGCGCGUCAACCCCGGCGACCCCCUCGGCCUCCUCUCCCGGAAGCUCGAAGCGCUUCAGUCGCGCGUCGUCCCGCUCGCGAUCGCGGCGACGUCGCACCUGCGCAAGCAGCUCGUCUCCGGCGCGGCGGCGCCGACGCCGCGCGAGCGUUCGAUGCUUCUGUCGGAGAUGGCGUCGCUGCAGCGGAUGCUCACGUCGACGCGGCCGAUCGACGUGCGCGUGCAAAGCGCCAAGCUCGGCCCCGUCCCGGGCGUCGGCGACGAGACCGCGUCGUUCGGCGCCGACAUGGCCAUGGAGCAGCAGCGUGUCGCCGACGCGGACGCCGCGGCGACCCUCGACACCCCGGUCGGAUCCUGGGACCAAGACCAUCGCGGCGGCUUAGAUCCCGUGGAGGUUGCGAUGCUGCAAAACGAAAACCCGUUCAUGGACGACGACGGGAUGGACGACGACGGCCUCGUCGCCGCCGCGAUGGGCCACGGCGGCGCGUCGGACGUCGAAUACGCGACGAACGUGGGCGUGGGCGUGGGCGUGGACGACACGACGAACGUCGCGAACCUCUGGGGCGUCGGGUGCGGCGACGGCGUCGGCCCCGGGGAGCUCGACGGCGACGGCGGGCUCGCGGAGUUCGACCCGGCGGACGUCUUGGGGGUCGUGCCGGACCCGGCGCGGGUCGACGCGUCGUUCAACCCCGUCGCUUGAUCGGGUCGACGCGUCGUUCAACCCCGUCGCUUGAUCGUGAAGCUCGAGAGGCGAGGGCGGGGCGCGCGGGAGACGAGGGGACGCCGCGCGACCCGGACGGGGAGGGAGGGAGAAGAAGCUCGAGGGAAAAAGAAAGAAUGCCCUCGAGGGAAAAAAAAAAAAAGAGAAUGGAAGACGCGGAGCCGAAGCGCGACGUUGAGGCGAGGCGAGGCUCCGAGAGAACGAAGGAAGCGCGAGGGCGGGCGAACGAACGAAGCGCGAGAGACGUACGGCGUACGACGCGACGCGCGCGAGUGUAUCUUUAUAUUAUACAAAUCGAUUGUACGUG